ACAAAAAGUGCGUAAUAACAGAAUUUUGAACUCAAGAUUAACGGCUCUUAUCACGAACAUUUGAACCAUUUCAACUUUUUACUGACUAUAUUUGUCCAUUUUAAUUAAGACAGGACAUCAUGAAGGUCGUCAUAUUACUCGCUAUUCUUAUCAUAGGUGUGAGCUGUUUCCCGGAGAAGCGGUCUCUGAAUGGAUGUAACAGUUUUUGUCCGAUGUACAUCAUUGAGUUUUGUGGGUCUGAUGGUAAGACAUACAACAGCAACGAAUGUUUCCUGAAAUCACAAUGGUGCAAUGAGGGAAGGAACGAUUUUGAGAGUUUUUCAACUCUGCACAUGGGAGCUUGUACUGGGCAGGAGCUAUUAGAAAAGACCACAACUUCAGCAUAGUUAUGAAAUGACUGUAAUUAAGUUGUUGGCGAGAUUUGAAAACGAAAAAAUAAACAAUUGAUAUUAAAAAUAAA